AUGUCAUCCAACAACAACAAUAUCCUACCGAUGGUCUUUCAGACAGAAAAUCUGUCGUAUGAAGACAGGUAUUGGGCWUAUCAGUCCAAAAUUCUUGGUGACUGUAGCGCAGAUCAAGUCUCCGUACAGAUCAAGAAAUAUGUUGCCUUACAAAUUGAGCCGGGCAGUUGGAAGGCGAUUUGGAGAAGCAAAAACGUCAAGGACAAACUGCAGCACUUCGAUGUGGUUGUGGAGGUCAGUGACAUAAAUGUAGAUAAACUUACUGCAGACAUUGCUGUUUGUGAGCCACUUGUCAUUGAACCACAACUCCCAGCAAAAGUCAUUGAAGAAAUUCUGAUGCAAAAUGGGAAUGCAGUGCCACUGACAGAGAUCUAUCCUGUGUAUGACGCCUCGGGAGAGAACGAYGACACUGCUUUAGCAAUUGAGCAUGUCAGGUUCUUUUAUGAGAAUGUGUGGCGGGAAUGGGAUGAGGACGACGACAGUGGGUGUAGCUAUACCUCCCUUUAUCUUGAGCAACGACUACGGCUGUUUUAUGACAUCAGAGAUGGACUUCUACCCAAAGAGCUCAUUAGAAAAUACCAAGACAACUAUGCAGARUACAAGAACAAAUUACUCGAAUUAGAAAAGCUGAGAGACCAGAUGGCGACUAGUGAUUCUGAACAAGAGUUGGAUGACCUUGAUGUACUAAAAUGUGCCCUGAAAAAUGAAGAGUGUAACACACUCGUUCAUUCUCUUCAAAUGAUGGAGAAUCCUCAAAUGAGGUACCUAUUGGCUGCAGUGUCACCUGGUGCAAAGGCAGCUUUGACGAAGCCAAGGGGACCAAGAUCUGAUGCAGAACCUUGCACUCUGAUUGUAGCAAAGAAGCUGAUGGCUUACAUGGUCAAGAAUCUUUCAGAUAAUACAACAGUUGAGCAUUACCAUGAUCUCAGCACUGCUCUAGAGUCUUACUUUCUUGGAGAUACAAUCCACAUUUACCCAGGAACAUAUUACUUGGAGGACGCAGUAAACCUGGCUGAACCUGUCCAGAUACUUGGUAUUGGGGAUUCUAAUAGGAUAUCUGUGUCMUGUCAAGACAGUGAAGACUUUUCCAUCAACUGCCAGUCUUCAGGAAUACUGUUUAAGAAUAUCAUGUUUGAACAAGAAGGAGAAGGUGGUCCAAGAGGGAUGCUAGUGGUCCACAAAGGUCAGACUACCUUGGAGGACUGUCAGCUGAAUUGUGGGAUCACAGGUGUUUCUGUCAUGAAACGUGGACAUUUGGUCAUGAGAAAGUGCAAACUUUAUGAUGCRAAGUCAACAGGAGUCACAGCCCAACCUGAAGGCAAAGUAUACAUAGAAAACUGUGACUUCUACAACUGUGGUGACAACAAUGAUGACGAYGCCUUCAACUCAAGUGCUGCUGUGCAGCUUCAACAAGACUCUGAUACUAAACCUGACGCCACCCUGAUUGACAACAGUAUCCACAACAAUAGUGGCUAUGGMGUCUGUGUUGUAAGAAGUGUCAGUCAAGCUGACGAAAACCCRGAGUGUGCCAUCAACCUYGAUGUGACAACCAAYAGGUUYCGGGGAAACAAAUUUGGUGACGUUUGCCACAUUUAUCUUGAUAGCAGCAAUAAAGACUAUAAUACAACAGUUGAGCAUUACCAUGAUCUCAGCACUGCUCUAGAGUCUUACUUUCUUGGAGAUACAAUCCACAUUUACCCAGGAACAUAUUACUUGGAGGACGCAGUAAACCUGGCUGAACCUGUCCAGAUACUUGGUAUUGGGGAUUCUAAUAGGAUAUCUGUGUCMUGUCAAGACAGUGAAGACUUUUCCAUCAACUGCCAGUCUUCAGGAAUACUGUUUAAGAAUAUCAUGUUUGAACAAGAAGGAGAAGGUGGUCCAAGAGGGAUGCUAGUGGUCCACAAAGGUCAGACUACCUUGGAGGACUGUCAGCUGAAUUGUGGGAUCACAGGUGUUUCUGUCAUGAAACGUGGACAUUUGGUCAUGAGAAAGUGCAAACUUUAUGAUGCRAAGUCAACAGGAGUCACAGCCCAACCUGAAGGCAAAGUAUACAUAGAAAACUGUGACUUCUACAACUGUGGUGACAACAAUGAUGACGAYGCCUUCAACUCAAGUGCUGCUGUGCAGCUUCAACAAGACUCUGAUACUAAACCUGACGCCACCCUGAUUGACAACAGUAUCCACAACAAUAGUGGCUAUGGMGUCUGUGUUGUAAGAAGUGUCAGUCAAGCUGACGAAAACCCRGAGUGUGCCAUCAACCUYGAUGUGACAACCAAYAGGUUYCGGGGAAACAAAUUUGGUGACGUUUGCCACAUUUAUCUUGAUAGCAGCAAUAAAGACUAAUAAUGAUUAAUAAUUAUAAUAAUUUAUAGAAUUAAUGAAUAUUAGCUUCUGCGUGUUUAUUAUAAAAAGCACCAGCUAAGCUGAGCACCAUUGACUAAGGCAAGAUAAUAUUUGGUCACAUAUAUAAUAUAGAUUUCUCUUUGAGAGGCUUGCCUCGGGCAGUCAGUCCAAUUACAAUUUUCUCAUUAUACCAAAGGUUACAAAAGAAAAUACAUGUCAUGUACAAAAAUUGCUUUACUUUUAGAUACUUAGGUUCCAAAAAUACUAUUUGAAAGUAAGAUGUAAUGUGAUCAUAAAGAAUAAAUAGUACAUCCUUUGAAAAAG